CAUUUCAUUAAGGAGGCGGUGUUUAAAACUAUAGUAAUUUCUAACUUAACUCUUCUGCUAAACUUAAAAAUUAACAAUUGCUUCGACUUUUCGUUAUUGUCAAUAGCUAAAGUGUUAAAAAUCCUAAGUUAAAACUAUUUUUUUCUAUUAAACUAAAAAGUUAGCUGUAGUUUUGAUAACUGAUUGCCAAUAGUUACUAGAAACAGUUAAAAUUCCUACUGUUGUCAUCAGCAACGGUAUGAAACUAUAGCAAAUAGUAGUUAACGUUUAUAAUAGUUAAGAAUAGUUAAAGUCAAUGGAUAUUGUCAUAACUUACAAACAGUUUUUUUGACUAGAGUACUAUAAUAAUAAGUCUUACAUAAAAGAGCGCAUUUUUCUCGAAUUAACGCCAAUAGACUAAGUUCAAAAAAAUCAAAAAUAAAAACUAAAUUUUUCAACUAAAGUAAAAGCUAAUUAUUGUCUUGAUUAUUAAUUGUCAAUGGUUAUUAUCAAGAAUUUUCGAUAGUUAAGUUAUGACUAGGUUUUUUAAUAGUUAUUGUCAAUAGUUAAAAUCACUAUUACUGGGAGCAACGACAAAAAUUAUGCAGUGAAUAUUAGUUAAUGUCUACAAAAGUCAAUAGCUAGAUAGCCACUCGAUAUUGUCAUAACUUACGAACAAUAAUUGUGCACAAUGAAAGUACAAUAACACGUUUAUUUUUAUUUAAAUUAUUGUCAAUUAUAAUAGUUUAAGAAGUAAAGAUCAAAACUAGCUUAAAACUAAGCUAAAAACUUAACUAUCGUCUUCCUUUUUUAAUCUUAAUUAUUAAAAACUUUCUACACUGUAUCAAAAAUGUACAAUGCUUUUGUUUUGAGUAAUAUAACUUUUUACUGACAAUAGUUAUUGUCAAUAGUUACGUUGUUCAUACAAUAUCAUAAUUACCUGUCAUGGCUUUUUAUUGAUUGCUUACGCCACUUGUACGUACAUAAAAGGGAAAUAGAUUAGCUAAAUCUUGGGCAGAUUUUGACAUUUAACCUGACUGUCGAUAGUUCAUGUAUAGUUUCUGCUACAUUACAUGAAUAUUCAAUUAUUUUAGCAACUUUUUGGCUGUUCUUGACCGUAAUUUAUAUACCUUAUAAGUAAGUUAUCGAUCGUGUGUUGAGAUGAGUGGUGCCAUCUAAACGCAAAUGGGAGCGGAAAUCGACAGAUAGCGUCAGGUCUGAGUGAAUUUUUAAUAUCCCAUUUGAAACGAAAGGUAGCUAUCAUUUUCUGACAUCCGGUGGAUGAGUUGUCUUUUUAUUAUUCAUCUUAAAACCAAACCUCACAUGCAACUAAACUUCCCCAAAAAAUCACAAAAAUCGAGAAAAUCGCAUUUUAAUUAUUUUUCAGAUGUUGAACGAUGCCUUCCACACGGACGAACCAAUGACUUUAGUGUUAUUAGUGUCUCGUGAUGUUCGCGAGCACGCCAAACCGCACAAUGUCGCGAAAAAAGACUAAAAUGUAGUGUUUCUGUUGGAAAAAUGAGCGAAAACAUGCACCGGAUGACCGACGGCACUAUGGCGCCCGUCAAUUACGACGCCAAUGUCGAUUAUGUCAUCACUGAAUACAUGGAAAGGCUAGGCACCAGACUUAACAUCCUUGAAACGGAGCUGAAGUACGCCUGGCGUGCCCUUGAUUUGCUAUCGCAGGAGUAUAUCAAAAUGUGGGAGAGAUUGGAGAAGUUGGAGGGGUUGUUGUAUGAGCAACAAAGUGUUAUUUCCCAAUUGUUGGAUUUUUAUACCACGGGAGGGACGGGGUGUAGGAAUAUGGGGGCGGGGGCGACAGCAGGGGAAUUAGAAGUGAUUAGGGAGAUUCUGGGGAAUGGGACUGUCGAGGAUGGAUUGGAGGAGGGACAGGAUGUGUCAAGAACACAAGAAUUGGAUUUGGAUGAAAUGCAUGUGCCUGAUGAGGCGUUUUACAGGAGUUUGAACCAGGCAUAUCGCGAGGAUUUGGUGGGGGCGGGUCAAGGGUCACAAUUAGGGAUGAUUUGGGAAGAAAGAGAAGAAACCGAAGAGAACAACGAAAAGAAAAACGAAUGUUUGGUUGAGGGUGAGGAAGUUUUCAGUGCGUUAGAUUAUAAAGACUAUCGAGGGAACUCCCCGUGUGUUAGUGAACAAGAUAUAGCUCAAUUGUCCCGUAUAGAUUCUAUAGACCACGUCGCGAUCGAAAAACUAAACGAAUUAGACCGACUCAGUAGUAAACUCCAACAAGACUCGGAUAAUAUCAAGCAACUUCAGAGAAAACUCCUAGAAUCCCCUCUUUCUAUAACCCAAGAUGACGAACCCAAAGACGAUCCAAACUGGAGUUUCUCUAAUUCGAACCAAGACGACCUCAUGAUCCUUAAAUCUGAACUUCCUUUCCCCCCUCCUCGUCCCAGCUCAAGACUGUCCGUCACUGAUAGUGUCAUAGGUACUGACAAUGAAGUUGCUGAAGUCCUCGCCGGGGGUCUCCGUGGUGGUACCCCUACAUCCCCCCGUCGAGUCACAUCCUGCACCGCCCCGUUUACUACCGUCACCGGUCGGCUCGCCUACAGCGCCGCCGUGCAAAACAUUGACUCCAAGAACCCCUUUUAUAGUAGUCUAGUCGCAGCCUCCUACGAAACCAUCCCCUGCUCCACCCCUAGUAUCUUCAACGCGAGGGCGGAAACCGCCCCUUCGCCGUCGCUAUCAAUCCGGACCCGUCAAGACGGGUACAUCGCAACGAACGACCAAGUACAAAAAGGGUCACCGAGUCCGCCCCCACCGGCACCGCUGGACCCCAUCCCCGACCCCAAUCCAGUCUUCCUAGGCACCGAGCCGGUACCACAACCGUCAAUUAAAUCACCCAAAAGCUCGCCCAAACGGAAAAAUGUCGUCAAGUCCGAUUCAGGGCUCUCCUCGUUGAGUGGAUGGUCGAGUUUGGAGAAAUCACCAGGAAGUCCAAAAAUCGGCAAAGGGUACCACCACGAAAACACGAUUUUGCCUGGUGGACACCACUUGUCGGCUUUCACAACUGUUAAGUCGCCCUGUAAUCUUGAAACCAGCGAGGGGUAUGGUACUUUUGUCCCAGCCCCGGCCCCCGCCUCGGAUAUUAACGUCAGUCCUCGAAAAAAAAAGCACACCAAAACGAAUUCGUUCACUUGGAACGACCAACCGGCAAUUUACUCCGUCGCUGGGAGCAAUCGAGAGACCUACACGUCUGUAUAUACCAGCAACAGUGCCGAUUAUAUCACUCAAACUAUCAAUUACCCGGAUUUGGUCGAGCCUUACGAAAACAACGAACUGCAACGAACGAGCUCAGGUACCACCGACCGCAGAAGGUCACUUUCGAGGAUGUACUCCACUAGUAACGGGGACGGAGUCGCCAACCAUGAAGGGUACAAAACGGCAAUGCACCGAACCAUGUUCCCCAGUGGUAACAUCACAGAUGCUCUUUCGUACUACCCGACCUCCACCCGCUACGACGAAUUUAACGAUCCAGCAGCCUGGCUUAACUGUUCUCAAGAGGUCCAAGAGAGCGCAAGUCCGAGUAGUUCCAUGCGCUCCACGGAACCAGCCGAGUACAACCAAAGCCCCUACUUAGAUCAAAGACGGCCUCGGAACCCAAUCUACGAGAACCAAGCCCAAAUCGAUCGCUGGAACCAACGACAAGAAAUUCCCUACUUGGAACUCGACUUACGGAACCGAAACGUACCGGAAUAUGUUGUUCAACAAAACGAUAAUAAGUUUUUCGACCCUAGUUCGGUAAUAAUAACCCAGUCGGGCUACAUUACCAUCAAUUCUGAAACAAUCGAUACGUCUCGCGACGAAAAAAAGAAGUUCAAACGAGGUAACACUCUCAAAUCCGCUAUGAGUUCGGUAAGUCACUGGUUACCGGACUUGCAUUUAACCAAACGGCACCGGUCGUACUCCUUACCGUCCGGUGUGCGUCGCGAAGACUUCGAAAAGCCCAAACCGACACAUAAAAGUAAUGUCGGCGGGCGGAAAAAGAAGAAAAACGCGAUUGUAUCAACGGUUUCUGGGAUUUUGCAAAAAGCCAAGCGGAAAAGUUACUUUCACCACAACACACAAUCACUUUCCGACCCAGAACAGUCAGAAAACGAGUGGGUACUACAACGGGCUAGUUCCAUAGUCUCGGAAGAUGACCGAAGUGAGGACAGCUAUAGCAUGUUUGAGGGUCAAGCCGAGCGAGACCUUUUUGCAAAAGUAGCCAAGGCGAAGCCGAGGAAAAACAGUCAACAAGAUGAGCUUCAACCGCAAUUUGAACCGAUCAAAGUGUCACCACAAACUAACGAGGCGUUAGCCGAGGAGGAAAUUUCGGGCAAAAGUACCGGGAGCGGCUCGAGUAGUAUUUUUCCUACUGUUGGUGAGACCAAGAAGAGUUCCGAGUCGGAAAAGAGCGACGAGACGGUUAUAACCGAUAGCAAGAUGGUGGUCGUGGUUGGAGGAGCCUCGAUGGAGUUUGCUGUUUCACGAGCUUUGGGGAAGUACCGACAACAGAAACAAACUUCCCUAUCCGAUGACAUGUCUUUUGAGGAACAAGGAGUCGUAAUUGAGGAAAUUGUAGAUGAGGAACCACUAAAACCCGAGAAAUUGAUCGAGCAAGUCAGUACCGAAAGUCAAGUGAGUGAAGUUAGUCACUGUGAACCGAUUUUGAGGACUCAAAACCGGUACUUGCCCAAACACCAGCAAAGUCUUGAAAUUCCGGGACAUAAAGAGGAUGAUGAUAGUCGCAGUACCCACUCGUGGAGGAGUACCUCUCGUGUGUCUUCAAGACGGCAAAGUACCGAAGAUAGUAUCGAUAGUGAAGACGAGUGGUACUGCUACGAAUUGAGGAAAUUGGAGGAGAUGGAACGACAGUCACAACUCGAAGCCGAAAUGGGGGAAACCUUAAAGGAAGAACCCGAACUGGAGGAAGAAUUUGAACCUUAUGAAGAAGUUAAAGAGAAAAUGUCGUUCGUUUUAAGGGAGUUGAGGAUGAAAGCAAAAGUGGUCGAGGGGGUGUUUGAGGAAGGAGAAAACAACCUUCACACCCUCCAAUCGGCGAAAAACCGUGAAAGAGACCGAAAAUCAAUUCAUUUGGAAGAAGCCCACAUGCUUUUCGACAAAAUCACCCAAAACAUUAAAGAAGAAGGAGAGGAAGAAGUAGAAGAAGUCCAAAUUGAAGAAAAGCCACCCGAGCCGGCCAAAGACGAAGAACACUCCUCGGGUGAAACCUCCGGUCCUGAUUCCCCCCAGUUAAGCGAGAACGAGGAAGAAAACACUGAAGAAUUCGCCCGUUGCCACGUCGCCCCUCGCGAAGAACCAGAAGAAGAAGAAGCGACAGCCGUUCCGCAGAUCCAAAUCGAACCAGAAGCCAAACCCGAAACUAAAGAAAGUGUCGCUAGUAAAUGGAAACUGCUAAAAGCGUUAAAAGAACGCAAAGCUGAAGAAAAAAACAACCAAGACAAAGUCGAACCAACAAACGAGAAAGAUAAAAACGGCUCUGGACUUGGGGGCGAUUCGGCCGGAAGAACAAAUGGACAUCCAGGAGAUAAUCCCUUCUACAGCAACAUCGACAGUAUGCCGGAUAUCCGGCCACGACGGAAGUCCAUACCAUUGGUUUCCGACUUGGUGCUCAAGACAAUGGCUGCAACGAAAAGAAACGCCGGUUUGACGUCAGCAGUACCCCGAGCAACUCUCAACGAUGAAGAACUGAAAAUGCACGUUUACAAGAAGACGCUGCAGGCGUUGAUCUACCCUAUCAGCAGCACCACCCCCCACAACUUCGUCCCGUGGACGGCCACCUCCCCCACCUACUGCUACGAGUGCGAGGGGCUGUUGUGGGGCAUCGCCCGUCAAGGGGUGAGGUGCACCGAGUGUUCGGUGAAGUGUCACGAGAAGUGCAAGGAUCUCCUCAACGCCGAUUGUUUACAAAGAUUACUAAAUGUAAAGGCAGUUGUGAAUCGAUUAAAAUUGUUCAAAUCGUGGCUGUUUCUAGGAGCCGCUGAGAAAAGUUCGAAACAUGGAGCCGAAGAUAAAGCCAACAGUAUUAUAACAGCAAUGAAAGAACGAAUGAAGCAAAGGGAACGAGAGAAGCCUGAAAUCUUCGAACUUAUCAGAACAACAUUUUCAGUGGAUCCAGACACACACAUUGAUUCAAUCGAGCAAGCGGAGCAAAUGACUAUUGAAGGCACAUCCAAGUGGUCAUGCAAGAUUGCAAUCACAGUCAAAUCCGCACAAGGCCUUAUCGCCAAGGACAAAAGUGGCACGUCCGACCCCUACGUCACCGUACAAGUCGGCAAGGUGAAAAAACGCACAAGGACCAUGCCGCAGGAACUCAAUCCGGUGUGGGACGAGAAGUUCUACUUCGAGUGUCAUAAUUCGUCCGACAGGAUCAAAGUCCGGGUUUGGGACGAGGAUAAUGACCUCAAGAGUAAACUCCGACAGAAACUCACAAGGGAAUCGGACGAUUUCCUCGGACAAACCAUCAUCGAAGUCCGGACUUUGUCCGGAGAGAUGGACGUGUGGUACAACCUGGAGAAACGUACCGACAAAUCCGCUGUUUCCGGUGCCAUCCGACUACACAUAUCGGUCGAAAUCAAAGGCGAGGAAAAAGUCGCCCCAUAUCACGUUCAAUACACUUGCCUUCACGAAAACUUGUUUCAUUAUUUGUGUGAGCAAAACAGUGGGGUUGUGAGUUUACCCCAAGCCAAGGGGGAUGAUGCCUGGAAAGUGUACUUCGAGGAGGCGGGAGAGGAAAUUGUCGAUGAGUUUGCGAUGCGGUAUGGGAUCGAGUCCAUAUAUCAAGCCAUGACGCAUUUCCACUGCCUGUCAACCAAGUAUCUAUGUCCGGGGGUUCCCGCCGUCAUGAGCAUGCUUCUGGCCAAUAUCAACGCCUACUACGCACACACGACAGCCUCGUCGGCCGUUUCGGCGAGCGAUCGCUUUGCCGCCUCCAACUUUGGGAAAGAGAAAUUCGUGAAACUCCUCGACCAACUCCACAACUCUCUCCGCAUCGACUUAUCCAUGUACCGCAACAACUUCCCGGCUUCAAGUCCCGACAAAUUAAUGGACUUGAAAUCGACCGUUGACCUCCUCACCAGCAUCACCUUCUUCCGGAUGAAAGUCCAGGAGUUGACAUGUCCGCCUCGCGCCAGCACCGUCGUCAAAGACUGCGUCAAGGCUUGUCUUCGCUCCACAUAUCAAUUUCUCUUCGAAAACACCUACGAAUUAUACAAUCGCGAAUUUCAGAGUGAUCCCAACGAACCCAAACGCGACCCCGAAGACCACGGACCUAGACUCGACAGUGUCGAUUUCUGGCACAAGUUAAUCGCUCUCAUUGUUUCCGUUAUCGAGGAAGAUAAGAACAGUUAUGGUCCGGUUUUGAACCAGUUCCCACAGGAGCUGAAUAUAGGGCAACUGUCGGCGGCGACCAUGUGGAGUUUGUUUGCCGUCGAUAUGAAAUAUGCCCUUGAAGAGCACGAACAGCAUCGACUGUGCAAAAGCUCGGCUUAUAUGAACCUGCAUUUCAAGGUCAAGUGGCUGUAUUCCAAUUAUGUCAAAGAUGUGCCUCCCUACAAAGGUGCAGUGCCUGAAUAUCCUGCAUGGUUCGAGCCGUUCGUCAUGCAGUGGUUAAAUGAGAACGACGAUGUUUCCCUCGAAUACCUUCACGGUGCCUUCAAUAGAGACAAAAAGGAUGGCUUCCAAAGAAGCAGCGAACAUGCUCUCUUUUCCAACUCUGUCGUCGACGUUUUCACCCAAUUGACUCAAUGUUUUGAUGUCGUGUCCAAACUAGAGUGUCCAGAUCCAGAAAUCUGGAAACGUUAUAUGAAACGCUUUGCCAAAACCAUAGUCAAAGUCCUUAUCGCGUACGCCGAUAUUGUCAAAGGAGAGUUUCCAGAACACGUCAAAGAAGAACGAAUUGCUUGCAUUCUUAUGAACAAUAUUCAACAAUUACGGGUACAAUUAGAGAAGAUGUUUGAGUCCAUGGGGGGCGAAAAGUUGGAAGAGGACGCUGCGAACAUCCUCAAAGACUUGCAACAAACCUUGAAUGGGUGUUUGGACGAACUAGCCACUCAAUUUGCCUUAAGCCUUGAACCUCGAAUUACCGUGAGUGUGAAGGAACUAGGAGACCUCCUUUUGAGUAUUAAAGGAGGAGGUCAACCUGGAACUACUCAACCGGCUCAGAGGAACGUCGUCGCGUCAGAAGCGGACGAAGUCUUGCGACCUCUCAUGGACCUCCUCGACGGCUCGCUCUCCCUCUAUGCUCAAUCGUGCGAGAAGACUGUUCUCAAGAGACUCCUCAAAGAGUUGUGGAAGAUCGUCAUGAGGAUCCUCGAGAAGACUGUGGUUUUGCCCCCCAUGACGGACAAAACGAUGAUGUUCAAGAGUUUGACCGACAAUGCGAAGAACUUGGCUGCGAAAACGAAGAUUGAAGACAUGUCGACACUCUUUAAGAACCACAUGGCCGGGAAACAGGACGUGAAGAACGCCCUGAGUGGCGUCAUGGACAUAUCAAAGGAAGUGGAGAAGAACCUUUCGCCCAAACAAUGCGCAGUUUUGGACGUAGCCUUAGACACCAUCAAACAGUACUUCCACGCGGGCGGGAAUGGCCUUAAAAAGGCCUUUUUGGACAAAAGUCCCGAAUUGCAAAGUUUGCGUUACGCCUUAUCUCUCUAUACGCAAACGACUGAUACUCUUAUCAAGACUUUCGUCACGACGCAAAUAAACGAAGUGCCGCUUAACAAUAAAGAAACAAUGCUUCAACGGCAAAUUUCGAUCGAGCGUGACGAGACCGAGACUGGACUUGAAGCGUUAGAAGAACCUUUGAAGGCUAAAAAACGAAGAGAGAGUCGACAAGACACAUUAGAUGGCCAAGAAGGUAGUGUUGGCGAAGUAUCAAUCCAAGUCGAUCUAUUCACCCAUCCAGGUACUGGCGAGCACAAAGUCACCGUUAAAGUGGUAGCCGCCAACGACUUGAAAUGGAACGUCGUGUCGGGUAUGUUCCGACCUUUCGUCGAAGUCAAUCUGAUUGGUCCGCACCUCUCCGACAAGAAGCGGAAACACGCGACGAAAUCCAAAGCAAAUAAUUGGUCGCCGAAGUAUAACGAGACGUUUCAUUUUACGAUUGGUAAUGAGGAGCAGUUGGACUACUUCGAGUUGCAUAUUUGCGUCAAGGACUACUGUUUCGCCCGCGAAGACCGGCUUGUGGGCGUGGCUGUGAUGCAGCUCAAGGACAUCGUAGAGAAGGGCUCGUGUGCCUGUUGGUUGUCAUUGGGCAAGCGGAUUCAAAUGGACGAGACUGGUUGGACGAUUCUGCGCAUCCUCUCGCAACGCACAAAUGAUGAAGUAGCAAAAGAGUUUGUUAAAUUGAAAUCUGAUAUACGUCAAGAGAACCCCCUUCCGAACCAGUAAGACAGUGUUUUCGCAAAGCUGUGUUCAUAAUCCAUUUCAAGCAGUGUAUAAAUAUGUCGGACCGUCCUUACAGACAUACAGACGUCGUUUGAUAUCAUUAUAUUAACAUUUAAAAUAAUAUUUAUGUGCCUCCUCACCCGAACAUUAAAACAAUAAAAUUAUUAUAUGCCACAAAAAGAAAACAAUUACAAACAAACUACAUGUCUAAUCACACAAACUUAUUCAAAUUGUAAAAAGUACGCAAUAAAACAAUGAUGAUGCAUCACAUAUUUACAUUCCUCUCAUGUAUUUGUACUUAAAAUGUGAUUCAAGUAGCAUAAGAAAUUAAGUAAUAAAAUAUUUCAUAGAUAUUUUUUUAUGCAUGAGAGAACGCGGUGUGCGACAGCGUUUUUCAUUAUCUUUCUAUGCACAAGGGGUGGAUUACACAGCCUGGACCCCAGCUACAACAUGGCUCAACAUUUAACUAUUUUAACGACUGAAAACUGGGAAAUUUUUGUUAAAAAUUAUUUUUGACUAUCCGAAACUGCAGUAUCAAAAUGUGAUAUUAGCGGAUUUUCAAUAAAUAGCAACUUUACAGCUCCAUACAGAUUUAUAACAUCUACGUUUAAAGCUAUUUAUGGAACUCGCAUAAAAUAGUUGAUGGUGGGUGGUAAAUAUUGAGACAUUGCCCCUCCAUGCGGAGUUGUGACGUCUAUGUUUCAAAUUUUUUAUUCUAGCAAUCCCUUUCUUAUAGCAAUUGAUUUCUAUUAUUUUAUUCUGAAUAUAAAUAUAAAUUUUCAAUCAUUUCAUUCUAAAAAUUCUUCUAUUUUUUCUAUUUUCAAUAUUUUUAUUAAAUAUUUGACU